AUUAAAAAUAAAAACAUUAUACUCCAGAUAUCUUCAACUCAAGCGUGGCGCCGUCCGUCGUCCGAAGACCCAGGAGGACGAACUAGCUGAACCGACGUCGGCUUACUUGCACGGCAUCCAAAACCCCACGAUCAGAAGGUACGGAAGCCGCGGACGCAUGAUGGACCGCCGUUACAGCUGCGGUGGUAGAUUGAACUCCAUGGGACGCGGAGACUGCGGCUUCGGCAGAGGAUCAGGACCGUCGAGGCGCAGAGGCUCCUUGUCCAGGUCGCAGUCGGUCAAAUACUGGAGAUACCUGUAUGACGGCGACUCUGACAAGAGUCAACACGGCUCUUCGACCGUUGCUCAGAUGGGGGAGUUCGGAGAGGGCGAUCAGUUUCGCAAUGAUUGUAUGCCAGUCAACUUCAACGCACCGCCGCGCUACUUCCCCGAAACGUUGCCGUUGAGACGCACAAAGUCAAUGUAUCAAAUGAACGUUGCCCCUCCUGAAUUCCCUGGGUCACAUGCAGGGUAUGUGGCACCUUUGCCGUCUCCAGACAUGUCCCCUAUCCCGGAGGAGGACACCACCGAUCCUGGAGUUAUGCUUCAGAAUUUAAGUUUGAACGACCGCCCUUCUACAAGCGACGCAUAUACGACCAACGUUGCAAUGCCCCAUACAGACCGCUGGUUAAAGCAUUUGUUGACUACUUCAAUUACGAAAAACGAGAAGUUUCCUAAAGAAGAUGCUUUUGACCCAGAGAAGGACAAAGAAAAUGAUUGGCAUAUGAUGUAAUUUAGAUUUUUCUUUCACCGUUUUUGAGUGGCUUUUGCAUUGCCCCAAAACGAGUUCAUUAUUUAUUAUUUUCUAGUUAAUUUUGUACCUGACUACAACUUGUUUAAUUGCCAAUUAAUAAUUUCUUUGAAUUCAAAAUAGUUUAUAAAUUUGUAAUGUUAAAUAAAAACUUAUUGUUGUAA